CUGAGGAGGCAGCAAGGCAAGCAGACAAAAAAAAGGAGUGGAGGUGGAGGGUGAGGGGGGGCAGGCACAAGGACAAACAGAGACAUGAGGACAGCGAAAACUAUGAGGCAGAGACAGGAAGGGAGACUGCUGAAGCAAGGACAGAUGAGAAGGAAGAGAGAGCAAGAAUAAUGAAGAGGUGGUUGCACCAUCUGCUGCCAGGGAGCGAAACAUGUUGUCGCCAUUCAGACGAGAGCGGGGAGGCAGCCAGAGAUCUGCAGUGAGAUACCCACAACCCCUCCUGAAUGACGAUCGGGAUGAAGAGCUUGCAGCUGAAAGAGAGGACAGUUUCGAUGAAGAGUAUAGAUCCGCACCGCUCUGAGGGCUCCCACGACACAGACGCAUGAUCGAGCGGCAUCCCUGUCUGGAGGAGCAGCAGCAGCAGCAGCCACUGUCGCCUUUCUUCUGGAAAAUACUCACACUGAGGACAUGUACUGAACAGCUGGCUUAUUUGUACAGGAAAACUAAUAGGUUGCAUGUUUUGAGAGCCGAGAAAGAAUCAGGUUCUCCCCACUCAAGAUGCACACUCCAGCCUCUAUGGUGAUGGGGAUUGUCUUUGCCCCUUUGGGAUUGGUGCUUGUCUUCACUGCCGCCAUCACCCCUCAGUGGAGAGAAGGACGAGCACGUCUGGGCAUGUUAGGGCCGGGGUCACUCCUUCGGUCAGGGGUGAAAGGUCAGGGGAUGGGGACAAGGUCGGGGUCAGCGGAUGCACUGCUCUUGCUGCGAUCUGAUGGACUCUGGGAGAGCUGUCUGCAGGUGGAGCACUCGGAGCUGAAGCAGUGUUGGCCUGUGGCAGGUCCUUACCAGAGAGACCCGAGGGUUCGACUGGCACAAGGUUUGACCCUGACCUCAUUGUUCCUUUGUGGCACCGGCAUCGUCCUGGCCUGUAUCGGGGUCCGGUGUUGGACAGAUAUACCUUUGAGAGGUGUAGCAGCUACGGGUGGACUCCUGGUGGUGAUGUCCGGGCUGCUGAGCCUGACCGCGCUUGGGGUGUACACCCACAAUCUUGGAAUACUGGGGGUGGCAGAUCCAAGUCAAGGGAUCAGUAACCCCAGGUUCCCCCACCUCAGCCUGCACCCAGCCGGCUCGCUCUACUUUGGAUGGCUGGGCUCAUGUUUACAGGUGCUGGGAGGCAGCGCUCUGUUGUUCAGCUUCAAACGACCGAGAUGCCCCACCUGCCCGUCCUGCCCAGAGCUACCUGCCUGUCCUGUGUGUCACUCAUGUCCAGACAUUACCAACAAGCCAAACACAGACGUAUAUGAAGUCAGCUGUUAGAAUGUAAAACCUGAACAGGCUUGAAGAUUGAAACAUGUGUAACAAUGACCAAAUCAAAACAUGUGGGCACUUCCAACUCAUCAGCUAAGAAAUCUGCCAAUUAAUGAAACGAGUCAGUUCGUAAGUGUGAACCACAGGACACUACCUACUAAUGGACUCUAAUGUCAGGUAUAAACAUAAUGGAUGUAACUGCCUCUCCACAUGAACCGAAACAUAAUUUUGGGAUGCUGAAUACAGAGUGCGUUAAGGUCAUAAUGGUUGAAAAGAGCUCAAGUUCAUGCUGCCUUUAACUGCAACCAGUAGUCAAACGCGGCUCAAAUGUCUUUUUGUGCUGCCUUUUACUUUGUAGCCAUGUCUUUGUACUGUUACCAAAAAACUUUUCUGCGUCCAAACAAAACUGUGAAAUGUAAAAUAUUUGUGAUAAAGAGAUAUUUGUGACAAGAGUGGAUCGUAACACUGGGGCUUUUAAUAUGACAGAACAGGCUAGUUUUAGAUGUCAUUAUAAAUCAGCACCGUAAAAUUUGGAUUCCACCUGUACACUAGCUUUAUGUUACUUGUUAAUUGAGAAUUAUGUUAAGGAUUUCCAAACGUCUUUUCUUGAUUUGGUCACUGCAAGCAAUGGAUUUUCCAGCUUCUUAGAUUGUCUUAAAUUGUAAAUCUUUGUAUGAUAUCUUCACUGCUUCAUCUACUGAAUCAAGUGAAUGUGAUAUUUCUGACUUGAUAACGUGAACAGUGAGAGAGAAAAACUUGAGGAGGAGGAGGAGGAUGUACAACAGGGUGUUGUUUGUUCUUUGUUCUUUGGUGUGAACUUGUGUGUACAC